CCCGGCCGAACAACCGCCCAUCACUCUCCCCCGUUCCAUUAUGGACGACCUCGACGCUAUUCCCUCAAUUUCCUCUGGCGCAGUCGGCUCCCGCUUUGUCACUCAGAAUGACAUCGACACCGCAAAGGCGCGCCGCGACGAGCAGUGGAAGGCCGCAUAUGCAAGGCUCGGGCAGGAGCCUCCACCGCCCCCAGCAGAAGAUGCAUUCGACGGGCGUAGUCUGGCUGAGAAACUGGCUGCCAAUAGAGCAGCCAAACAAGAAGAGUGGGAGGAGCGCAAUAAACUAGGUAACCAGUUCCGCGCAUUGGAAGAAGAUGAGGUACUCUUCCUCGAUUCUGUGCUUGAGAAGCAACGCGAGGAGGAGCGCCUCCGUGAAGAGAUGGACGGGAAGGAGCUGAAGAGCUUCAGAGAAGCUGUUGCUGCGCGAGAGACUGCCGCAAGCAAGCCCGCGGUAGGGGUCGCGUCAACUUCAUCUCCCCCACAGCCUGCACCAGUCAAGAGUAAGGCACCGGCGCCGGCAGCCAAGAAAGACCUCAAGAAGUCUCUCAAAGGUGUACUCGUCAAGAAGAAAUCAAAGCCAGCUGCAUCUUCGCCGCUCGAGACAGAUGGUGGUCUGAAGACGAACUCGGACGCUCAGUCACAAACCAAACGUAAAGAAAGCGAAACAUCGCCUCCCAAGGACGACGCUGAGCGCGACCCUAAACGCAGGAGGGUAUCCGAAUCGAAAGGCUAAUCCGCUCUUUCCUUCUGUCAUUCGUGGGCCCCACCUGUAUAGUAGGCAUGUUGACGCGUUAAUUGACCAUGCAAGCAUUGUGCGUCAGA